ACCAAAAAAUUGACUCGUAUAUAAUGAGGAAUUGGAUAGUAAAAUAUUUGAUGUGAUGUUAGAAGACAAAGAGCUAUGCCUAUAAGACACAUCACGUUAAAAACAAGUACGCCUUUAAAUUUACCUCCACUAUUGUAUAUUUUAUAUACAAUGUACUUUUACAAAGUACAGCUUGCUAGGUCUGUAUAGAUACGUUCAUAAAACAUAUUUUGUGUUAUUUUCGCGGGUAGAAUGGGUGGCAAACAUUUAAGAUUUUAAAGCUUUAAGUUUUAAGUUUGUCCUUUCAUGGAAAGCAACUCACAGAAUGAUACUUUUGGUCAAGUACAUUGCGCGGCUGUUGUAAUUACUUUUUCACAAUAGCAAUACUUCACAAAGGCAGCUUUUAUUUCAGACAUAAGCCAGCAGCUCAUCAGCAGACCCAGUAAUCAGAAUUGACAAAUUAACUUUGCAAACAUCUUACGCAAGAGUGAAAAGCUUCAUUGCGAUUAACUUAUUGACCAAUUUUAAAACUGGUCCAAAAUAAUAAGGAUUACUUAAGCACUCCCUUUCAUUUCCGGCAAAAGCAAGUAAAGUACUUGCCAAAAUGUUACUAAAUAAUUUGAAAGAGUGAAAGUUUUCCUUGGGUGAGUUGUUGAUACUUGGGGAGAAAUUGAGGCGAAUCUAAGUAUAAAUAGUAAUGCUAUCAGCACAAAGCUCAGCAUAAGUCAGUUUUCCUCUGAAAAAUGCAUUUCGCAAAAACAAGAUGCUGCCAGUCAGCAAUUCCUCAAAUGCUUCUAAUUUUUCUCACUGCUGGUGCUUGGUGUGCUGCUGACUCCAAGCCGUUGGAGAAGCGGAGUCUCGGUCUGGACGAAGCUAGCAUUCCAUGGGCGGCAACCAGCGGUCCGCGAGCUUUGAACGGAGGCGGAUGGAGCCUUGGUUGGCCCAUUUGGAGUGGGGGACACACCUCGCUGGGAAUCGGGCCGACACCCAAUGAAGUGGCACACGCUAUUUCGGUAGCUAAGCAGGCUUCAGCCAACGUUCUUAUAGCGCAGCAACAUUUGCAAGCAGCUAAGGAGAACGUGCUGAAUCAGCAACGCAUCGCCACGGAAAGACAAACCCAGGCUGUAAUACUGAAGCAAAAAUCCCAGGCGGCGUCUGCGAUUCAACGUUCUGAGGCGAUACAGCAGCGUCUUGCUGCUUCAAAGGCAGCUGUGGCACACGCUGCUGCUCAUGCAGCUGCUGCAGAAAUCCAGAAAACCGAACAUGAGGCGGCCAACCUUGGUCACUUCACAAGAAACGCGAAUCCGGGAGCUGUUAACCCGCUCUCUGUUACUGGAUCAGGAAACAAUCAUUUUGCGCCCUCAAAUAUAGAAUCAAUCGGAUUUGGGCAUUGGCUUUCUGGAAGUACCGCAGGGAAAUCUGUCAAUAAUUGGUACUAAAGACUAAGAAGAAAUCGUUAGAUGAGAAACUGCUGACAUUUUUUUUAAUUAUAUAAUAGUUUAUAUAUCCUUCAGGCCUCCAGGCUUCGGCGGAACGAGUAUAAAUAAUAUAUACUUACAUAUGUCAAUAAUAAACCAUUUUCUUGUGCCCCAUAUAAAUACAUCAUAUGUAUGUAGGUCCAUAUAUGGUUGGGGUUGUUGGUGUAUAUGUACAUACGUAGGUCAUAUACAAUAAUUCCUCAGUUUUAAAAUUUAUAAUUUCUUGUAAAUGAAAAAUAUUGUAAUGCUAAUUGAUGUAAUGCACCGAAUUAUUUACUUAAAUGUGUGGUCAAAUUAUGCAAAAUAAAUUUGCAUAAUUGUCACCUCUAAAGAUCAAAACACUGACCCACUGAGGGUAUGCUUAAACUUUUGCUGUGAACACGUACAUAUAUUAGUCCCCACACCACCCCCACUGUGUCAGCAGUCAUAUGUCGCACGUCAACAUGUUUCGGUGAAACGCCCUUGGUCUCCCAGAGGCGUGAGGUCUUGCUGACCCUUGGAGUUGGCAUUAUUACAGAGGUGGUCUUCGAAAGAGCUAUGUAUGUACCCAUCUACUAUUGUAUCGUACUAUUUUCUGUAGUCUGCAACACCUGCUUCAUUAAAUGUGUGGUCAUUGGGGCAUGCUUUCUACUCAUAUUAACCCUUCUUUUGAGGGAGUCUGCGGUCUACUGAUGUUUGAUGGUGUCAUUUGUAACCGGACCACAGCUGAUGUUCGUCGAGUGUGCUCUCUACGAACACUCAUUUGCCUUAUGAAGGUGUUGUUUCACUUUGUUGUACUCUGUAAUUUCGAUAUGUAGUGCACUGAAUGCCAACAUUUUUAUGUCAGUUCGUUCCGAA